UCUGCGGCACGGCGGAGCGCUCGGUUCUCGUCCCAGCUUCGGCAGGGCGCUCGCCUGCCUGGCCUGGUUUGUAGGAAAAUGGGAGAUCACGGUGGGUGCCCCCCAUGACUCGAGACUUCUUUUUUAUUUUAUUUUUCCUUUUUGAACACCAGCCUGUAAACUCUGCCCCCUCUCACUUUGUGCACUGCCGUGAAGUGUACGGUAGGUCAAGAGGAAGCCAGGCUUCUCCGCUCGCGCCUUCCUCUUCGGUACUGGUGCCUGGUGCAACCGGCCCGGCGGUAUCUGGAGUCGGGAGGAGAACGGGCCCGCUCGCCGUCUCACGCGGGGCACGCGCGGACCAGCCCACGAAACCUCCGUGGACGCGCUUUCUAAAGAUCUGUGUUGUGGGUUUGCCGUGUCGAGAAAUUCAUAGUCCAUCGUCAGCCUCUCUGGGUGACUGCCAGAAGACGUAGAAUUGUGGCAUCACAACAGAUUGGAAGUUGAGCAAGUUCAGGACUAUGUCUGAAUGUAUCCAGCUCUCAUUUGCUGUUUGUAGAAUUGGCAUUUACACGUGUUUUAGAGCACUUUGCUGCAAGGGGCCACCACCACCACGACCUGAAUAUGACUUGGUUUGCAUAGGCCUCACUGGCUCUGGCAAGACGAGUCUUCUAUCGCAGCUUUGCAGCGAAAGCGCGGAGAAUAUAGUGUCUACCACAGGUUUUAGCAUAAAAGCAGUGCCAUUCCAGAAUGCCAUCUUGAAUGUAAAAGAACUUGGAGGGGCUGACAAUAUCAGGAAGUACUGGAGUCGUUACUACCAAGGAUCCCAGGGGGUAAUAUUCGUAUUAGACAGUGCCUCUUCGGAAGAUGAUCUGGAAACUGCUAGGAAUGAACUGCAUUCUGCUCUCCAGCACCCACAGUUAUGUACUUUGCCGUUUUUAAUACUGGCCAAUCAUCAAGACAAGCCAGCAGCUCGCUCCAUACAAGAGAUCAAAAAAUAUUUUGAACUUGAGCCACUUGCACGUGGAAAGCGCUGGAUUCUUAAACCCUGUUCCUUGGAUGAUAUGGAGGCAGUAAAAGACAGCUUCUCCCUUCUAAUAAACUUAUUAGAAGAGAGAGACUUCGAACCUUCAAGAAUGUGAAAUGCAGGAGAGAAGAGUGAUUCUCCGGUCAUCACUGUACCUGUUCAUUCUGCUCACAGCUUAAUUAUGAUGUGGUAUCAAGACUGUGCUAUGAUAUAUUGUUCAUACACAGUUAUUGCAGAGUACCCUCUUGUUAAAUUAAACACUCUGUGAAUCAGGUACAUGAUUAUUUCCAGUAAAAUUGUCUACACUACUGAAAUAGGGAGUUCCUCUUUGUUUACCACUAGUUCUGCACACUGCAUGUUGCUUUCUUGUGUUGUCAUCAUCCUUGAUAUGAAAUUUUGCACGCACAAAAAUAACAUAGUCUAUAAAAGAGGAAUUCUAACUGCUACCUUGGCUUUUAAAAAUAACUAAUGUCUUAGGGAUUUGUAAGACUAAUUUGUAUUAGCUUGUUUACUGACCCCACAGUCUGACUAGAAAGCACAGCCACUGAGAAUCUUGAUGUAUGAUACCUUAAAAGCAAGGAGUUUCUUGUUAAUGCACAGUUUAGUCUGGAGUUUUGCUAAAUGAAAAUAUAAUUGAUGUGUUGGUUGAUUCCUCUUCUAAAAAUCUAAUGCAUAACCUUGUCAAAGGCAUAAAACAUUAUUUUGGUGGAAGUUUCCUAAAGAGGAAAUAAAGGCACAGAUGUAUGUGCAGGCAGUAGUAUUUGUUAAGAAUAGGUGAUAAAAAGAUGGUCUAAGUGACAACAUUGUAGAAAAUACACAGAAGUGAGAUAAAGUUAUUACUUUCACUGAAACUUGGUUUUUAUGAAUAGAAGCAAAGCAAAUGUCUCGUAAAUCAGCGGUGGAGGCAUGCUUUAUUACUAGUUUGAAGUGUGACUGAUUUUAAAUAAGGAUUGUCUUCUGCAUCAUUUGCUCAUGAAGUACUGCUGUUAUCUUAACAGUGCCAAGGCAUCUAUACCACAAGUAAGGGCCUGCCAGUGUUUGUAUUAUAAGCUUCUCUUUUCAAGGGUUUAUAACUUGUUCUCUUGAACUUCCUCUGGGCUGAAUGUUACUUAGAAGACAAAAUAGUAUUCAUUGGAGACAACAUUUGUAAUACAUUUGGAAAAAUCCCAUUUGGUUCCAGUAACACAAUGCAUAUUUCCUCUUUCCAAGUUUUCCCUAUUGUAGGUCUGCUGUUUUUUUGGCUGCCUUCUGUUGGUUUUUAAAACCAUAUCAACCAGUUUGGUCUGUUAAAGAAAUGUGCCAGGUCUGUGGUUCACAAUUAAGUCAGUCACAACAGGGUAUGUGCAGACCAGUCACCGGACUGGUGCACGGCUUGAAUGUUGUGCCUUGUGCAUUCAGCUCCCCGUGUGCAUGAGUAUCUGCAAACACAAACUGUAGUCAUGUGCCAAUGGUCCUUCAUUGAUUCUGCUUCUCAUAUGUUUAAACUUGCAAAUCAUUUUUCAGGACUUUAAGCAACGUAUCCUUCCACUCUGAACAUUUAUUUUUUAAGUUUAAAGUAUAUUGUAGUUUCUCACUAGUUUGUUUGAGAAUUAAAAAAUAACAAGGAUCAGCUUAUAAAGGCUUAUAAAAGCCAAUUUUUUAUUAUUUGUAAUUAUACUCUUUGUUAAAAAAAAAAACAUGUUUUUAUAGCUCCUUGUUUACUUUUUAAUCUUCAUGGAUUUCUUGGCUCGCUCCUUCAGAGCUAUAUCUGCCCAAAUGCAUGGCGUGGUAAUCACUGUUUCAACUUUCUUCCUAUUAUCAGAAUGAAGCUGGGAAAACUGGUAAGCUCAUUGUUUAAUUUUGUAAUAGAAUAGCCAGGAAGCUUUGCUCAUAAGCCUGAAGGACAUCUCUUCUUGCUUUGUUUUCUUCUUUUUCCUGCCAGGUCAAUCUCCUCAAUGCUCAGACUCUUGGAAAUACCCAAGAACUGGAAUCAUUCAUUUUAAAAUACAGGCUGAGGAGUCCUCUGGUGGUUCCAGUUCUCUCUGUACAAUGUAAAAACAACCCAGCUGCCCAUCAGUUUCUCUUGUGUGGCUUAAGGAGGCUCCUUUUCCUGAGUUUAAAGAGGAACUGGAUUUAAUUUAGAGCUCCAGACUCUCUCUCUUAGCUAACAUGAGUCUCCAGAUUUCCAUGAGAUCCCCAGAUUUCUGUCCUAGUUAGGGACAACGACAAGUAAGAAAUGGUGUGGAGGAGUGAGAGAAGUGUUUCCCAGGAGAAGACAGGCAGUUUGGGGAGGCAAAAGGAGGGAUUCAGAGCUUUUACUGCUCUGUUUUUUUCAUUUAACAUUAGUUAGAAGGUGAGAAGUAAAAUGUUCUUGCUAUUUUUCCCUUACUUUCCCGUAUGAAAGUGAGGGAACAAUGGCACAAGUGAUUUGUAUUGUCAGUGAGCCUGGCCCAAAGAUUUUGAUUUUUUGGGUUUAUAUUUUGGUUAUGAUUUCCCAACUAUGCACUGUUGGAAGGUGCUACAUGGCUAACAUUUAAAAGGCCCAACUAGGCAAAGAGGCAUGGCUUUGGCGUAUGCCAGUGUAGAUAGACAGGGACCUUUUGAUGCUUAAUACCAACUGCACAGGAGCAGUGAUUGUUUUCAUAAUGAUUUUAAAUAUUCUUACUAAUAGAGUGAUCAUUCCUUACCACAGGUUGAAACAAUACCUCAUAACUGAUUAUGGCUAAGACCAACGCUUAACUUUGCUUUGAAUGUAGUUCUUUUGUGGUUUUGUGUUGUGGUUGGACUUAAAUGGAUGUGUACCUUUUUGAUGUCUAAACACCUUCACCUUUUUAUGGAGGGAUUAAAAACAUUCAUUGCAACUCCUGUCAGACUUCCUUGUCUAAAGUGUUCUUCAAUACUAUGGCUAUGGUAGACUAUGUGAGCACUGUGCAGUUUUUAUUCAGAUGACCAAUCUCAUUUGCUUUUUUAUCUUUUCACAUGUGUUCAUCAUUUAGAUGAAAUAAACUUGGGCACUAGGCUCUACUUUCCAUGCAAGUUCAUUAAGGAGUGAACGUUGUCUUUUUAAAAAAGAUACUGUGCUUUAAUGUUCUUUAGACAUCUGUUGAAUUACUUUGUGUGUGUAUGUGUGUGUAAGUGUAUGUGCCCACAUUGGGCUUCUUCUCAGACCUGUGGCUGUCUGCAGUGUUUCAGCCGUCAGAAUGAAAACAUUAUCAAUCAGUAUCCAACAACAGCUGGUUUUGACAAGCUUCUGUCUGCUGCCUAAUGCUUUACAACUUGUCGAUAAGACUUCUUUGUCUACCCAUUCUCAGCUGGUAAUCCCGCUGCUUCCAUGUUGUGUCCUGUACUUGUACUUCUAGCAUUUGUAUGGAAAAAAAAAGUUAAAUCUUAGUGGGUUUUCAUAUUCUUUCUUGCUGUAUAAUGUUCCAUGUGUAUCUUAGCUUGCCUAUUCAAAUGCGCUUUACAGAAAUCUGUGAUGUAUUAUUUCAUUUAACUUCUUGCAUUUCAUUAUAUUUAUAGAAGUUGCAGAUUUUUGUACCGUAUUAGUUAAUACAGUUGCCUUUUUGUAAUGGCAAUUAAUUUAUAUUACAAAAGUUUGUAUCUUUACUGUAGUUGAGAGUAUUAGUUAACUGCCAUGUUAUCUUUACUUUAUACUAAAAAUACAGUGUCUAUACACAGUAGUUGACCCAUUCAUGUGGACAACUGCCAGACAUGAGAAACUUGUACUGUUUGUGAUUUAUACACGAUUUCCACUAUCAAAAACAAAAUGAAAAUAAACACCGUGUAGAGUUGA